AAAAUCCUAAAAAUAAUACAAAAUAAAAGCUCAAUAGAGUAAGAGAUAAGAACAAUCUUUUAUAUUAAAAUGUAUGCCACGGUGGUGCUGAUUGUAAAGAAAUUCAAUAUGGAUGGGAGUUGUUUCUACCCAAAUACUCUCCAUGAUCACGCUUCUUAUGCUUUCAACACCUACUACCAGAACAACCCUAUUCCAAAUAGCUGUAAUUUUGCAGGAACUGCACUUCUCACCAGCACUAAUCCAAGUACGGAAACUUGCCAGUAUCCCUCAACAAGCAGGGGUUCAUCUGUGCUAGAUACAACAAAGCAAAAUGUUUCAACAGUUUUCGGGAUGGGGCCACCUGGACCUUCUAGUUUGGCAUAACCACUGGAUAACAAAGUUGCAUAUCUUACCAUAUCAGUGUGUUUUAUAGUACUCCCGCUAAGAUGUUAUAGAACAAUCUUUUAUAUUAAAAUGUAUGCGUACGUUGAAAUUGGGUCGUACAUAUAUUUAAAUGUAGUACGUGCACUUUGGUUUUGGGAUAUAUACAAAACAACAGUUAUUUUUUUUAUAUUUGUUAUACAGGUUGCGAUAUUA